AUUUACGUUUAUUAAUAUCCUUUCAACAAAUAUAAAAGAAACAACAAAUUGCGUUCCUAUUUUUCCAACUUUCUUUUCAAAAAAAGAAAAAAAGAAAAAAAUUCACUCUAAAACCUAAAUAAACUUCAAAUCACACAAUCAAAUUUACCUUACAAAAUGUCGAAAACCUCCUUCAUUAUUGCUAUUUUUGCUUUGGUUAGUUUGAUCUUUGUAGGAUUAACUCAAUCCACUCCAUUGGUUCCAUUAGAAAAACGAUUCUCUGGAACUGGAGCCGUCGCUUACUGUGAUUUCGGUGAUAAGGUCACUGGACGAUUUACCUGGACUAAUAUUCCUGGAAACAAAUGUCGGGUUAUGGGACAAUUUAAUACUGGUUUGGAAAGUCCUGACGUCAAUGAAUAUUCAUUCUUCUUGGAAGAUGACAAAGAAACUAAAGUCCAUGAUCUUACCGAAGAAAUUGCUUCCCAAAUCCAUAUUAACCCACCAGGUGCUUCUCCUUUCCAAUGUGAUUUCCCUUUCUCAUUAACAUCCGUUAAAGAUGUUACAGGUUUAUGUUUUGUUGUUAAACAUAAGGGAACGACUCUUUCCAAAGGAAUAAUUGUGGGCGUUUAAAUUAGGAUAAAGAUGUGACGUAAAAUUUGUUAAUAGAAAUCUUUAGAUUAUUAGAGAAUUUUUUAUUUAUUUAUUUAUUUAAUUUUAUUUAUUUUUUUGACUGUAAAUAUAUAUG